GUGGUGUCUCGUUCGGAUUUCCAGGCCAGACCUCAGCUCCGGCGGCAGCAUCAGCCCGGCGCGUCUCGUGCUCCCAGGCGCUGCGCCCCAAGAAGGCGCAGAGCGCGGCCGCCACCGCUGAACCGGCCGCCGCGCCCCGCGCCCGCGCAGCUCGGGCUAAAAGCGCGGCGCGCGCAGCCCUGUCACCCCCCACCCAAGGCAGCGGCGGCUGCUCGGACCUCGGCUUCUGGGGGUGCGGGGAGCCGGCGGGGGAGCUGUCUGCAUCCCUCGCGCUUCUCGCGGCGGCGGCGGCGGCGGCGGCGGGAGCCUUGGCCGCCGCCUCCUGCGCGCCCUUGCUGCCCCGAGCAACCCCAGGAUUGCGAACUCGUGCCCCUGACCUAUCGGGCGGGGCUCCGCGCUCCUGCCCUCGGCCCGGAUGGGUCUCCUGGCUGGGACUUGGGGCUCCUGGAGUUAAUGUCCAACUGGAGGUCUGCGGAGACCGGAUCCGAGGUGCCGCCGCCGGACGGGACUCUAAGAUGAAGUUAUGGGAUGUCGUGGCUGUCUGCCUGGUGCUGCUCCACACCGCGUCCGCCUUCCCGCUGCCCGCCGGUAAGAGGCCUCCCGAGGCGCCCGCCGAAGACCGCUCCCUCGGCCGCCGCCGCGCGCCCUUCGCGCCGAGCAGUGACUCAAAUAUGCCAGAGGAUUAUCCUGAUCAGUUUGAUGAUGUCAUGGAUUUUAUACAAGCCACCAUUAGAAGACUGAAAAGGUCACCAGAUAAACAAAUGGCCGUGCUGCCCCGCCGAGAGCGGCACCGGCAGGCUGCAGCCGCCAGCCCGGAGGGUUCCCGAGGGAAAGGCCGGCGGGGCCAGAGGGGCCGAAAUCGGGGAUGCGUCUUAACCGCCGUGCAUCUGAACGUCACUGACUUGGGUUUGGGCUACGAAACCAAGGAGGAACUCAUUUUCAGGUACUGCAGCGGCUCAUGCGAUGCAGCCGAGACAAUGUAUGACAAAAUAUUAAAAAACUUGUCCAAAAGUAGAAGGCUGGUGAGUGACAAAGUCGGGCAGGCGUGUUGCAGACCCCUCGCCUUCGACGACGACCUGUCCUUUCUAGAUGAUAACCUGGUUUACCAUAUUCUGAGAAAGCAUUCCGCCAAACGCUGUGGAUGUAUCUGACUCCCGCUCCAGAGACCGCUGUGUAUUGCAUUCCUGCCACAAAGUGCAAAGAAAGGGACCAAGGUUCCCAGAAAACGUUUGCCCGGAGGGGAAGAUAAGGACCAAGGAGGCGAGGAGGAGGCAGGCAGCCGUUGUGGGAGCCUGGCGGAGGGAGACCCAGCGACAGAAAACAGGGCGGGAGAGAGAGAAAACUGCUGUCUGCAUUCUCCCAGAUGGCGGCCAGCGUCACCAGAAGCUCAGGGCUGGUGUCCCUGCUUGGGUGUUGCCGUCGUUUCAUCCGAUACAGUCCACCGUCGCCGGUCACGGGUACAGUUGCGGAUGCACUUGAAACCAAACCAGUGUAUCUCCUGUGGUUUGUUUUCACAUGUCUGGAGACACCGGGGAAAUGGUCCUCCUGGUGUCGUUCCCUGUCAUUACGUUUUACUGCUGAAAGCAAGAAAGGUUUAUUUUUCUGUCACUCAGUGGAGACAUACACCGGCAAGGAGGGAAAAAAAAAAAAGCAAAGACACACACAAGAGGUAGUAACCUUUGCUUUUGAAGGUUCAGGCCUGAGGUUUACUCCAGCCAGCGUUUUGGGGAACAGUGGGUGAUUGAUUUCAAACAUGGUGUGUGAGGUGGGAAGAGGUUGGCUAGGAACCAGAAAGGCUGUCCUCAUGACUAAAACCAAACCUGAAGGUAUUUCCUUUCUGUCCUUGGAAACAGGAAACCAGUUGUGGUUUUCGGCAGCAUUCUUGCAGGAGAGCGUUCGGGGAAGGCCCCCAGCUGCACCGGGGCGGGGAGGUCGCCGGGCUCUCGGUUUACAGAGAGACAAAUGUUACAUACACCCCAGCUCCGUUAUGUGUGGUCACCAGUGACCAGAGAAGCUACUCGAUGCAAUGCAUCUGUUUCAGAUACAGAAGUAUAGAGAAAAUAUUUA